AUGGCUUUCGAAACUCAUGCACCUGGUGAUAAAAUUCUUUUGAUUAAGUCCCCAUACUCUAACUCUUCGAAAGUUAAUGAAAUCUAUGAACAACUUUCACAACGAGUCACCAAUGAGGGUUUUGUCAAGGUAGAAGAUUUGGAUAAAAUUACUGCUUCAGAACCAAAUUCGCCCGUUACCUACAAUGCCAUAUAUUUGAAUCAUUUUGAUUCAUGUUUAACUAGUUCGACUGAGGCAUUUACAAGACUAGUUAAAACAUUGGUACCGGGUGGCGUUUUAUAUCUCAAAGAAAUUACUACACUUUCACCACAGUCCUACACCGAAAUUCCGCUACGUACUACCCAAGAAUUGGUUAGUGAACUUAAAAUGGCAGGAUUUGUUAACUUGGAGAUCUAUGAAGCAAAAAAAGUCGAAAUGGCUGAAUUGGAAAGAAUCAUGGAACAUGUCUGGAAUACCCAUAAUAAUCACGAUCAAAUAAGACGACAAGAACUGAUCCAAGUAUUAAAUGGUCAGUUAAAUGUGGUCGAGCUAAGAGCAAAAAAACCUACUUAUGAAGUCGGAGCUACUUUUGCGCUGCCUUUUGCCACUAAGGCUUCUAAAGGUCCCGAUUGUGAAACUAGUGGUAAACGAAAAGCUUGCAAAAAUUGUUCAUGUGGUCUUGCGGAAGAACUUGAAAAAGAAAAACAGCUUGUCGCACAACAAUCUCAACAAAUUAAAUCAUCUUGUGGAAAUUGUUACCUUGGUGAUGCUUUCCGUUGUUCGACCUGCCCAUAUCUUGGUAUGCCAUCAUUUGCACCUGGGGAAAAGGUUGUAUUGGCAGGAAAUAUGAUGCAAGAUGAUAUAUAA